CUUUUUGUUCCAAAGACAAAAUGGCCACCCUAUCAAGUGUGCAGACUACUCUAAAGCUGCAAUCUGCAGACAAAGGAAAACAUGUCAGUUCAAGAGGCUACGAUACCGAGGCCAAAGAUGGAGUCAACAAUAUCGCCAUGGGUAUUUACAAACACCCAUACAGACUUCCGAAAUUUGUUGACCCAUACAUAAAAAGAGACUGGUUGUUGAAUCAAAUGGCUGGCGCAUUCAGGGUAUUCGCAAAAAAAGGAUUCUGCGAAGGUCCUGCAGGCCAUAUUUCCGUUAGAGAUCCAAUCGACCCACAAACUUUUUGGAUCAAUCCAUUGGCUGUGCAUUUCUCUCUGUUGACGCCACAACAUAUGGUCCAUGUUGAUGAGCAGGGGAACGUUAUUGGAGGGAACAGAACCACAAUCAAUGCUGCGGGGUUCAAGAUCCACUCGACAAUUCAUAAGACCAGACCUGACGUCAACGCCAUUUGUCAUGUCCAUUCUAAAGCCGGAAAAGCUUUUGCAGCACUAGGAAGUCACUUAGACAUGCUUAAUCAGGAUGCUUGUAUCUUUUUCAAAAAUCACACGUUGUAUAAUGACUUCGGUGGGGUGGUCCUAGAGUCGGAGGAAGCAAAGCAUAUUGCGCAAGCAUUGGGAACAACUAACAGGGCCAUCAUUUUAAAAAACCAUGGAUUACUAACCGCAGGCUCAAAUGUAGGUGAAGCUGCAUACUUACUCUGCUUGAUGGAUACCUGUUGUGAUGUGCAGAUGCAGGUAGAUUCCGUUCAGGCAUCGGGACGAUACAGAAGAGAUGUAAUUCCUGAUCAGGAAGCAAAAUACACUUAUGAUAUGACUGCAAGUGCUGAGAACUUGUACAGCUCAUUCUGCGCCGACUAUGAGGUUGAAGUUGCUUCAUCGAAUGGUGCACUUAGGUCUGCUACAUCCUAUCAUACCGACUGAUUAGAUUUAGCUUAGCGAGAACGGUGGGGCUCAAACAAUGGGCGCUGUUUCUCUCUUCGUGGCUAUAUUGAGCUCAAAUGCUUUUGUCUACCUUGUUUAGACUUCCACCAAUAAGAAGCUGAUAUAAUGUUUACGUAGUACCAAUGUGUAGCCAGUAUCCAUCGCCA